CAGCAGCAGAGAGGCCAGACAGACAGCAGGCUCUGCUCGUGCAACAUCCACACACUGCAGGGGGGGGAGGCUCGGUUCUGCAGCCGUCUUUGUUUGCAUCUGUCCCCGGGGCUGCAGGAGGAGACAUCUGCGGAGGACUCGCCUCCUGGAGGGUUAAGGGAGGCUGGAUGUGAACCCAAGCAUCGGCUCCGAUCGGCAGCCUUAACACCGCUCCGUACGUGUGCAGGAAGGGACGGAGAGGGGACGGAGAGAGGGGGCGGAGAGGACGUUUCCACCUUCCACCUGCAGCCACAGACCCGAGGAGACCCGGAGGAGACCCGGAGGAGAGCCCGAGCAUCAGCAGCAGCCAUGCCCGGCUUUGAUUACAAGUUCCUGGAGAAGCCCAAGCGCCGCUUCCAGUGUCCGCUGUGCAGCAAGGCGAUGCGGGAGCCCGUCCAGGUGUCCACCUGUGGACACCGCUUCUGUGACACCUGUCUCCAGGAAUUCCUCAGUGAGGGUGUCUUCAAGUGUCCAGAAGAUCAGCUGCCACUAGACUAUGCCAAGAUCUACCCGGACCCGGAGCUGGAGCAGCAGAUCCUGUCGCUGCCCAUCCGCUGCAUCCACAGCGAGGAGGGCUGUCGCUGGACCGGCCAGAUGAAGCAGCUGCAGGGCCACUUCUCCACCUGCGCCUUCAACGUGAUUCCCUGCCCGAAUCGCUGCUCUGUCAAGCUGACGCGCCGCGACUUGCCCGACCACCUGCAGCACGAUUGCCCGAAGCGCAAGGUCAAGUGCGAGUUUUGCGGCAGCGAGUUCACCGGCGAAGCCUUCGAGAACCACCAGGGUGUGUGUCCUCAGGAGAGCGUUUACUGCGAGAACAAGUGUGGGGCGAGGAUGAUGCGUCGACUGCUGUCCCAGCACAGCCUGGCCGAGUGUCCCAAACGAACGCAACCUUGCAAGUACUGCGGCAAAGAGUUCGUCUUUGACACAAUCCAGAACCACCAGUACCACUGCCCUCGCUUUCCUGUCCAGUGCCCAAACCAGUGCGGCACCCCCAACAUCGCCCGCGAGGACCUGGCCAACCACGUUAAGGACAACUGCGGCAGCGCACUCGUCCUCUGUCCCUUCAAAGAAGCCGGCUGCAAACACAGAUGCCCCAAACUGGCUAUCGGCCGUCACCUGGAAGACACCACCAAGUCUCACCUGACCAUGAUGUGUAACCUCGUGGGUCGCCAGCGGCAGGAGAUCAUGGAGCUGCGGAGGGAGAUGGAGGAGCUGUCGGUCAGCCACGACGGCGUUCUCAUCUGGAAACUCAACGACUAUUCCCGCAAACUCCAGGAGGCCAAACUUCGAAGCAACCACGAGUUCUUCAGCCCUCCCUUUUACACUCACCGCUACGGCUACAAGCUACAGGUGUCGGCCUUCCUGAACGGCAACGGCAGCGGCGAGGGCUCCCACCUCUCCGUCUACAUCCGCGUGCUGCCCGGAGAGUACGACAACCUACUGGAGUGGCCCUUCUCCUACAAGGUGACGUUCUCCAUCCUGGACCAGAGCGACCCGUCGCUUUCCAAACCCCAACACAUCACAGAGACCUUCAAUCCCGACCCCAACUGGAAGAACUUCCAAAAGCCCAGCAGCACCCGCAACUCGCUGGACGAGAGCACCCUGGGUUUCGGCUACCCCAAGUUCAUCUCGCACGAGGAAAUCAAGAAGAGGAACUACAUCCGGGACAACUGCAUCUUCAUCAAGGCUUCUAUAGAGAUUCCCCAGAAGAUCAUGGCUUAAGAUCUGACGUUUGUCUUCUGUCGGGAUGGAGAAGGAUGGGUUAAAAGCUGGAACUGAUACUUUCAACCUUGAAAACUUCUACACAUUGACCCUUUAGAUACUUUCUUCCCUUGCAGCCUGUUGACCACAGAGCUGGACGCGGAUGGUUCUGGCUGUACGAGCUGACUCGGAGGACCUUGAUGUAUCACAGAGGAAAAAGUGUUUGGUCAGAGGGACCAUCACUCUCUGGUUUUUAUCAUUUUGUUUUCUAUUCGUUUGCUGACCUUUUUAUUACAUUCUACAACAAAAAAGCCUUGGAAAUCAAACAGUGCCUAGAGAGUUUAUCUUAAGUUAUACAUUUGUUGUUUUAUCCGCAGUACAGAUGUAAAAGAUUAUGGAAAAGAUAUAGAAGAUAACAGUGAAGGGCUUUGCCGCACUUAGGAGUGAAAAGAGAGAAAGGUAGAAGCUGUUUAGACUCGAGCUGAAGCCCAACUGCCUUUUGUUUACACGCUCAUACAGUAUAUUGAUCCCUCGACAAACACUCAGAACUCCUCGUGAGGUUUACCUAAAGACGAACAAAUUCAUCAAUGUUUUCAAGUGAGAAACCUGCAGCACAAAUGUUGGUGUUUAGAUGUGUUAAUGGACUAGUUUCAUUUUGAUAGUUAUUACCAUGCUGUAAUGAAACAACAGCUAGCUAAUGGUUUGCUUGUUUUGGCAUAAGUGAAAGACUGAAAGUGAGUAGAAACGACCUUCAUGAGCAAAAUCCUCCUACUAUCGUAACAAGAGUUGCUUUUUUUUUAUCCACACAUUCAACUUUAGACAAAGACAACAUACUACUUGCGCUCGAUUUUGAUCUGUAUUCUAAGCUAAGCUAACCAAUUAUCAGUGAUAAAGCUUUUCAUUUUCUUUUCUUUGCAAACCAGAGAAAUAACAAACAACAAAAAAAAAUAAAACUGAAGCUGCUUGUCAUUUAAAUUUGACCUGAAAACAUUGAUGUGGCAGAUGUGCUGCCUGUGACUCGUGUCCGUAAGCGGUUGGACCCGGUCGUAGGUAACUUCUGCAGUGCUUUGAUGAACCGAUCACACACUUAGACACCAGAACAGUCUUCAUGUCUAUCGUGGAGUCCCACAAUAAGAAAACAUAAAGCACCUUUCGCCGGUCUCCGGACGAGCAGAGCAGACAAAGAGGCCAGUUGUUGAAGUACACAUGCAUUUAAUUGUGAAGGAAAAGCCAUGUGGCCUUUUUAUACAGUAUGUCUUCGCAUGAGGGUUUUAUGGGUGAGCAGGGCGACGAACACGUGCAUGCUUCAUGUGCUACCACCUGGAUCACAUUUUUGUACUGUAAGCUGUAUUCUUGAAAUCCUCUCCCAUUAAUGACAAUAUUGUGUCUUUUUUCUGAACCUUUUUCGAAAGUUGGCAAAUUGUCAAAAAGAAUAGUUUUUCAGUUUUGUUUUUUAUAUACAUUAAAUGUGAACAAUAUUGGGAUGAUAACCUAUAAAGACAUUGGACAUCUGGACCAAGUGUAUCGUUCAACGUGACCUGGGAAUAAAUGGUGUUUGGAGGCUGACAUAAUCUCUGCACACGUGUGGGCGUCUUGGGACUGGCUGCACCUACGGUAUGUUGCCAUGGUCACUGGUGGAUCUCCAGCCCGUCACACAAUGUAAGGACGGCGAACAGCCCUGUGGUGCACACCCGUCACAGCACCGGCGCAGGCACAGAGGACUUUGAUGAUACAGUUCAGUCGUGAUGUAUGUGAAUACUAAUGUAAAAAUGCAGAAGCACAUUCUGUCUUUUUAUUAUUACACGUGGGAAAGCUCCUGCUAUCUUGUCAUAAUACCAGCUGAUAUUUUACAGUGAUUCGAAGAAGCAAGAAAAUACAACUUUUUGUAAGAUUAUGUAUUUUUAAAGUACUUAGCUGUUUUAUACAAACUGUUUUUGUUGGAAAAGCUGGGGGUGACUGAGGAUUUUCAGACCCUUUUUUGUCUCCUGGACAUUUGGAUAAUUUGUUUGUCCGUGUGGUUUGAAUCUCUCAUAUUCUGUCUGUAUUAUUUCCUCUUAAAAGUAUUUAUUUUAAAGAGCCAUCUGGUGGGUUUGCACUGAUGGCAGAAAUGUUUUAAUAUGUUGAUUGAUGAGUGCUUGUCAAUUUCUUAUCUGAAAUAAAAUACCAUAUAUUAUAGAUGUUUGCAUUUUGCAAAGGAAAAUUAUUAAAAAAAACAAAACAAAACAUUGCUAAUA